GUGGCGCGAAACCUGGAGCCACGCGAGGGUCCACCAGUGUUGCGGAGGGCACGGUGGCAGGAUGGACGACGCCGGCAGCAACAAGCAGCGGCAGGCCACGAGGGUCUUCAAGAAGAGCUCCCCGAAUGGCAAGAUAACAGUAUACUUAGGAAAGAGAGACUUCGUAGACCACAUCUCACAUGUAGACCCGAUUGACGGCGUGGUGCUAAUCGAUCCAGAAUAUGUUAAGGACAGAAAGGUGUUCGGACAUGUGCUGGCAGCAUUCAGGUACGGCCGGGAGGACCUGGACGUCCUCGGCCUUACCUUCAGGAAGGAUCUGUACCUUGCAGCGGAACAGAUAUACCCAGCAACGACCACCCUGAAACGACCGCUGACGCGGCUGCAAGAGCGCCUGGUCCGCAAGCUCGGCCCGGCCGCACAUCCCUUCUACUUCGAACUGCCCCCUCACUGUCCGGCCUCGGUGACGCUGCAGCCAGCGCCUGGAGACACUGGGAAGCCGUGCGGGGUGGACUAUGAGCUGAAGGCGUUCGUGGCUGAUUCGCAAGAUGACAAGCCGCAUAAAAGGAAUUCGGUUCGUCUAGCCAUAAGGAAGAUAAUGUACGCGCCGAGCAAGCAGGGCGAGCAGCCGUCGGUCGAAGUCUCUAAAGAAUUCAUGAUGAGUCCGAACAAAUUAUACUUAGAAGCGUCACUCGAUAAGGAGCUGUACCACCACGGCGAGAACAUAGCCGUGAACGUGCACAUAGCGAACAACUCGAACCGGUCGGUGAAGAGGAUCAAGGUGUCCGUGCGGCAGUUCGCCGACAUCUGCCUGUUCUCCACCGCGCAGUACAAGUGCACCGUCGCCGAGGCGGAGAGCGAGUGAGUGCUAUACAGUAAAAAGUUUAAAUUCCCAUUUAUCGGAAUCUCUGAUAAGAACUUAAAAAUUGAGUCUCUGGAGGGCUGCCCCGUGGGCCCCGGGUUCACGCUGAGCAAGGUGUUCACGCUGACGCCGCUGCUCGCCAACAACAAGGACAAGUGGGGGCUCGCGCUGGACGGACAGCUCAAGCACGAGGACACCAACCUCGCCUCCAGCACACUAAUCGCGGAUCCGGCGCAGAGAGAAAACUUGGGGAUUAUAGUACAAUACAAGGUCAAAGUGAAACUGUGUCUGGGACCACUAGGCGGCGACCUGAGCGCCGAGCUGCCGUUCAUCCUGAUGCACCCCAAGCCCGAGGAGGAGCCCCCGCGGCCGCUGCCCGAGCCCGCGCACGUCGACCACGACCUCAUACAGCUCGACCCGCAGCCCGACGAGAACGGGCAAGAGCAGGACGACGAUAUAAUUUUCGAGGACUUCGCGCGUCUCCGACUCAAAGGCGCCGACGCCGACAACUAAGCGCCACACGCACGCACGCACGCCUACACGCACACCGUGUACCAAGUGUAUCAGAAACGCAGC